CGUCAGACUACCGCUCCAAGUGUUUGGUUUCCCUCUGUUUCGGGCACACGCGCCGUCAGGAGGGCGUAUGGAGGACGAGACGCCUAUUACCCCACCCGGAGUCAAAUCUCAGUUCUCACCCAAGGGGAAGCCAGUCACGUGAAGGACACGAGCGGAGAAGCGAAUGGUCACGCAUCGACCAAAACAUCUAUGAGAUUGGGGAGGCAGCCUGGGCGACUUGAUCAGGAGACAAGGCCACCACCCCAAAUCGAGGAGCAAACACUGACCAUGACGAGAAGCGAGAUGCAGAGGAUGAUUGCCGAAGCUGUAGCAACCCAAAUCAAACAGACACGAGUCGAGCAGCCUAGGAAAGAAGGGGAAACAUUGAGGGAUUAUGUGGCAAGGUACACACGGGCGUGCGUCAAUGUCCCCUCGGCCAAUGAGGAAAUUAAGUCGGGAGGACUCACUCGAGGACUACACCCGGGAUUAUGCAGAAACUCCUUAGCAAAACGACCCGGGAGGAUGUUCGAUGAGGUGUUGGGAAGGUGCGCCAAGUACAUGAAUGUCGAGGAAGCUGAAGCUGACUUUUUGCAAGCAACUAAAGCAAAAGCUGAGUCUCGGGACGAGAAGAAGGAUAAGAAACCUGGGCGGUCAAGGGGAUGGAGGACAACUCAAUAUACCCCCCUGCCAGCCUCGAAUGCAAGGAUAUUGGAGGUAAUGGAGAAAGAAAUUCGCGAAAAUGUUGUCAUGUGGCCACGAACGAGGAAGGAUGGACUGAAAAAGCCCAAAAGCGAUCUGUAUUGUCGAUUCCACAAGGACUACGGGCAUAAUACUGACGAAUGUCGGCACCUGAAGAAUGAGAUCGAGAGACUAAUCAAAGCAGGCCAUCUAAAAGAGUUCGUUUACAAAGAUCGAGAUCGAACCAGUCGGCGAAGGGAGAGGAGCAAGAGUCCCCGCAAGAGAGCGAGGACACCCGACAAGGAGGAGCUCCUUCAGAAAAGAGGAAUAAUUCACAUGAUAUUCGAAGGGCCAACUGAUGGAGAUUCAAAUCGGGCCAGAAAAGCAUAUGCUCGAGGACACCACGGGAAAAUUGAAGUGCAACAGGUCGAGGAAAACGGUCCAGUGAUGAAUUUUGGGCCAGCAGACAUGGGAGAAGUCGAGAGACCUCACAAGGAUGACCUAAUGAUCACAACUCAGAUAUCAAGCUAUGAAGUGCAGAGGAUCUUUGUAGACACGGGAAGUUCGGUGAAUGUGAUCUUUUACCAUUGUCUCAAAUGGAUGGAACUCGACAUCGAGCUUGCACCCCUGCACACCUCCCUUUUUGG